GACAAAGCACAUCUCAACGCUCUUCCUCGCCCUCCUUCGAGUUGGUAAUGUUUUCCCCCGCACUGGGCAGGGCUGUCCGCUCCACCUGCGCCAUCUCUGCCGGCCCCGUUUGCAAUGCGCGGGCAGCAACAGUCGCCUCCAUAAGCGCUGCAUCACAGCCCUUCUCCCGAAGACCGCAUCAGCGACGACCGUCAUCUUCAAAGGCCUCAAUCCCCCCGGACGGAGCGAACGGCUCAAGCUCACCUCAGCAGACAGCUACAACGCCUGCCGCGAGGUCCCCGGGGAAGAAACUCGCUGCACGUGGUGGCCGGAAGAGAGCCUCGCCAUCUCUUCUAAACGUGCCUCAUGUGCCACCUACAGAUCACCUUCAACAGUUAGAUGUGAAGAUAUCUUCCUUCUUUUCCCUUCACCGCCCCAUAUCUGUCACAACACCUAUUCCUCCAACAACCACCGAGGCCUCCUUCGGCGCGAUAUUCGAGCCGCGACUGUUGAACAACCGGAAUAAAUUCAUCGAUGUCCUGAACACCCUCUCACAUGGCGUAGAAACUUUAGAAGCAGCGGCGUACGGCAACGAAGAGAGCGAUCUACGCGCGGAAAUACUACACCACUCUGCGUCAAACUCGGGCGAUAUCAUGCAUCUCGAUGAACUCCCUCAGGACAAGAUUGAUCGAAUGAUAUCCCAGCUCAUUCCUUUCAACCCUCCGCCCGCACCGGUACCUUUCGGCGAAGCGCAGGCGGCAAAGAAGGUAUCAUCAAAGGACCAGAGUCAAGAUGUUGCCACGGCACAAAUCUCGAAAACAAAACAGAAAGCAUGGACUACUACUGUUGUAGUCACCGAGUCGACAGACGCUACGGGAGAGCGGACCUACUCGGCCUCCACUUCCCCGAUGGUUGAGAUACAAGUCCCUGAAGAAAGGUCAGAGCAGUCUAGCGAGGUCGGGAUCCGCCAGCCAUUCCUCCAUCGUAUGGGAAUACGAGAACGGGCAUAUACCCAGUAUCUUGACGAUAUGGCGAGCAAGAAGCGGGGUUCCUUUUUGCUGAUCAGCACUAAGAGGCGGAGAUCAUUGAAGAUGAAGAAGCACAAAUACAAGAAGCUGAUGAAAAGAACCCGCCUAUUGCGUAGAAAGCUGGAUCGAACAUAAAGCAUGGUAAAUGCUGUUGCUUCAAGUCGGCUCUUUUCGGAACUAUAUUUUCCUUUUUGUUCUCCCCAUAGCCUUGGCCGUCCGAUCACGAACUCUCAAGUCGUUCACGAUCAGCUCUUCAAUAGCCUCUAGCAUAGUUUUGGGUGCAUAAUGGUGCUAGCCUUGGCACUGGCGGUUUCCUCGCUAUAUCACACUCAAAUAUCAUCCCGAGUCCCUCCGCUUUCCUGCAUAGCGUCUAAAUAUCCACAAUCGCAUCUGAAUGUUUACACUUUGAUCUUACG